AUGCACUGUAUUACCAAUUACUUAACCUCAGGGGGAUACUCCAUCAUAAAUUUAGUUAGAACUUUAAUUGACCCAUCUAAGAUUUUAUAAAUGACCUUCAAAAAGUACCCUAGGAUCAGCUAACAAUUGAGAGUAGAGAAAAAUUUGUAAAUUCUGCUUCAUUUACAGGAGAACUAUAGCAUUUUUGUGAGAUAUAUGUAUGCUUUAGUUCUUCAAUCGAUAUUGGAGAUUCAUAGAAAUGACAAAAAAUUUAUAUUCUCAAUAUUUAGCCAGCAAGUUCUUGAUAAGCUGCUAUUUUAUGUCAAAGAUAUAACUGCUAAUGGACUCAAUGAUGAUAAAAAUGAAUUUUUGAUAGUUAUUUUGUGGAUCUUAAACGAUAUUUCUUGUUUACAUACCAAGUUUGCUGAUUACUUAGUCUCUUCUAAGCUAAUUGAAUACAGCUUCAAAAUAAUUGAGGAUUCAUUAUCAGAUUCUAUGGACUCACAUGAGCUCGUGAUUGCCGUCUCCUAGACAUUUACAAGUCUGAUUUCUUGCGCAAAUAAUAUAAAAAAAUCUCAGUAAAAAGACCUAGUCAAAUUUAUAAUGAGCUAAAUCAUAGAUUUUUAUGGUGCAAAUCAACUAUUAAGCAGCAUCGAUGAAAGUAUUACCGAGCAUAAAGAUAGUUUAGACUAUGUAUUAAACUUGAUAAAUAGUAUCAAUAAACUACUAUCCUAAAAUAAUGACAAAAUAUAUAAUACCAUGAUGAAUAACUAAUACAGUGAGAAGUUCUUGAUGACUGUGAUUUAAAUUUGGAAGGCUAAGUCAUUCUAGUUGAGACUUAUCUCAGAUUCAACUCUAUAAGAGGAUUACCACUAUUCAGAGAUGCUUCAAAUAAGCGAGUUCUUCUAUUAAAUUCUUCAAUUUUAAGAUGAGUAUAUCAUCGAGAGGGUCUUUGGCUUUAGAAUAGUGCAGACCAUGCAAGUAGUAUUAGAAAAUAUGUAUAGAAGCUAGAACUCUCGAUUCACAGACGCAUUGCUUUCCAAUCUGCUGAAAUGUGUGUGCAACAUUUUAUCGACCCAUGAAGUUGAUAAAGUAUGUGACUACCUUUUGAAGCAAAGCUCGCUGCUAAAGGACAUUUUUCUGAUCGUGAUGCAAGACAAAUGGAAACUAGGUCGAGAACUCCUGGAUAUGAUAUCUCAGAUAAUUUAGAAUCUGACAUUCGUGUCUGAUGUUUGGUGCAUCUAAGACUUGUUCGAUAAGUACAUCAUACACGCUUCUCUGUUUAUAAUGAGAAUGGCCAUGGACCUGGAUGAGAUUCAGAUAAUCUAGGUUAACUUGAUGAGCUUAAUUAGUUUUUCUCAAGGUGAUAUGGAUAUAGACUCUCAGUUUAUUCAUUAGUACUUCUAUCAGAAUUAUCAGUUGAGAGACCUGUUUAAUCAAAUAGCCUAGGAUUUCAUCUUCGAGGACACAAAGGAAAGUUUCUUUGAGUUCCUAGAAUCUAUUGGCAGCAAGUAUGAUGAUGACCUAGAAUUAAUGGAAAAUGUGGAUAAACUUAUAAAUUAUGUCUUCAAGGUAGAUAGUGAUGAGGAUGAGCUUGACGUCGAUAAUAAAUGUGGAGAGGCAGAAAUGACUUUGAAUCAGCAGCAUGAUAAUUGA